ACUGUAUCAAUUGGUCAUUAUGUAAUUUGACAGCAUUUCGGAGCUUUUACUAACAACAAUGGCCUUACAGAGACAAUAUGAUUAAUUCUUUGCGGAAAUGAUGGGAAUGGCGAUGCUAAUGGCGGCUGCAACAUGUUUGCUCUUUAACUAGAAGGUUCAUUUUUAUAUUCAAUCCCACCUCUUCUGUUCCAGACAAAAUUCAAUGCACGUAAUUUACCAUAACGAUGGCCUCGCGAUUCACGUUCUAUUCUAACUGUUUUCUCCCUUCAUCGUUCAACUUCGUUUUCGUCUGAACUUCGUAUACGUUGGGAAUUGAUGGGAAUAUAUUGGUUGCUUCGUUUAAAGCGCCCACUAUUAAUGUCGUGGUCUGCGUCUUAUUCAUCAUUGCCAAUUUUCCACUACGCUCACAUUUCCACGCCCGCAUCUGCAAUCAUCUUAUCUGUCUUAUUUCACUCACGAUUCCACGUUUCAACGUUUCAACAUUCCUCUCCCGAAGUAAUAAUAUUUUUUAAAAUUGUAUAAGGAAAAGUUUUCCGAAGCCAGAAAGGGAUAUCCUAAAAGAUCUAAAACGUUAGGGUUUUAUCAAACGGACAAGCGUAAAUUCCCUAAAAGAGGCUGGCUCUCUGUAAAAUCUACUACAUUCUCUUUGAAAACUUUAACCAUUCGUACUCAUAAGUUUACUGCAUUUGAGACCUUUUCCUUACAAAAAUGGCAUUUAAGAGAGAAUAUGAGUGGUUCUUAGCAGUAAUGAUGGGAAUGGCGAUGAUCAUGGCGGCAGGAACUGGCAUGGUUGCUGCAGGAGACACAGACGGAUCGAAACCCCUGAUCUCAUUGACAGAGAUCACUACUCAGGCGCCAUUUCAUGUCAACUUGGCAAGAAUAAGGGAAAGAAAACCACAACCGUCGGAUAGCGUUCAAGCCGUAUUUGCUGAGAUGACGGUAACUGAGCGGGCGGCUUUGAGGGAAGCGAUCUUAUUCUUGUUCUUUUUGCUCUCGCUCACUUUUCUGGUUAUUGUCUGUAUGGACCGUGGUUUAGUCAGAGUUAUGUUCACUUGGCGUUCAAUUUAGAAGCACUCUCGAAGUCGGAGCUUAAGAUUUCUUGCCAUUUGUUAAAUAUCAUCAAUGCGACAUUUCUUCGCUAUUUUGAAACAAUCCAUUUCUUUAAUUUUAUCGUUAAUUUUAUGCAAAAUAGCAAGGUCUGCUAUGAAUUCUGGUUUCCUAAAUUUCAAAUGAAUAUAAGGCAAGGAAGCCAGAAAAAACCAGCAAUGACUGUAAGUCUGUGUGUGCUAAAUUUGUCUGAAUAGAGGUAAGUUUCAUUUUAA